GGAAAAGAUUGAGUGCAAACUCCUGUUCUCUAUUAAACAAGAGUAUAUGAAAGAUAGUAAGCACCUGAUGCACAUCAGAGGUGGUUAAUCCUUAAUUUCUUGGAAGGAAGUGUUUGCGAGAUACGUUGCGGAUUUGUUUUGCCCGUUCACAUCUUGACUGCCGACAUGUCAUCUAUUAUUGGCACUCCAGAAGAACUGUUAAAAAUCUCUCCAAAAUUCACUGAAAAUAUUCUUAUUGAUAUAUUGAAAGAAAUUUCUGGUCACAGUGAAGUAAAGCUUGGUCAGUAUACACUGUUUCGAAGGGAUGCCCGUGGAGAUAGUUAUCUCAGUACUAUCACACGUUUAGCAGUUCAAGGUUCAGAUGUUGUUAGUAAGAAACAAUAUUCUAUUGCACUGAUUGUUAAAAGCUUGCCUCAUAACAUUGGACGUAGGAAAACAUUCAGGUCAUGUGAGUUUUUUCAAAAUGAGGCAGCUUUCUAUGAGAAGGUUAUGGCAAAGCUGCUGGCAUUUCAGAAGAAGAAGAAUCCAGAGAAACCAUUUCUUGAAGUUCCAAGGUGUUUCAAGGCUGUUGCAGAUGGUGAAAAUGAUUUCAUUGUGAUGGAGGAUGUAAGCCCAACUGGGUUCAAAUCAGCUUCUCGAACAGAAUGUCUUGAUUUUGAACACUGUGCCAGUGUUUUGAGAUGUUUGGGAAGAUUUCAUGGCCUGUCAUUGGCAAUGAAAGACCAGGAGCCAGAAGAAUUUAAAAAAGCUGCCAGUUGUUUAAAGGAGACAUACUACAGUGAAGAUCAGCGAGAAUGGUACAAAAAUACGAUGAAACGAUUUUGCAAUAUUACUAUAGAUGCAAUGGAGCAAGAAUAUCCUAACAGCUCAUAUGAAAAAAAAGCGAAAGAAUUCUGUAAUGAGGGACUGUUUGAUGUACAAAUGGACCUUGUGAAGCCAAGAGAGCCUUAUUCUGUUAUUACAAAUGGAGAUGCAUGGAUUUGCAAUUUCUUGUUUCUGUACAAAGAUGCUGAUGAAAAAAAAAUCCAGGAUACCCGAAUGAUUGACUUUCAGUUAGCUCGCUAUGCAUCUCCUGUUUGUGACAUGUCAUUUUUCUUAUACAGCUGUACAACUAAGGAAUUCAGAGAAGCGUAUUUGUCUGAUUUGGUUCAGAUUUACUACAAAAGUAUGACAGACUUAGUAUCUGAUCUAGGCUCUGAUCCCAAUGCAGUAUUUCCUUUCAAAGCUCUAGAGAGUGAAAUGAAAGCUGUAAGCAGAUAUGGAUUUAUAAUGUCUCUAGAGUCUGUGCCAUUCUCAGAAAUUGAUGAAAAAGAUGCACCCAACAUAGAUUUAAUUGAAGGAGAUGAUGCAGUGCCACUGGAUAAAAUUUGGGUAUUGCCACCAAUGCAUAAGGAAGCCAGACAGAGAAUUGCCAACAAUGUAAUUUAUGCCAUUGAAAAUGAUCAUAUUAGUUAGUUAUUUUCUGAAUGAGAAUGACAAUGAAAUUAAUAAAAUCUACAUUGAAAAUGAA